CUCGUUGUGUAUUUGGCGCAGGCGCGCUCCCGGCCCAGCGUUCACUGUAUGUGAGUGUGUGCGCGCAUUGUGUGUGUGAACUGCCGGCGAGCUUAAAAAUAUUAUCGAGCGGCGGGAAUGUCUGGCAGGUCAGUGCGCGCGGAGACCCGGAGCAGAGCCAAAGAUGACAUCAAACGCGUUAUGGCCGCUAUUGAGAAAGUGCGAAAAUGGGAGAAAAAAUGGGUGACGGUUGGAGACACUUCACUACGUAUCUUCAAAUGGGUCCCAGUGACUGAAACAAAGUCAGAUGAUAAGAACAAAAAGAAGAAGGGCAGAGAGGAGAAAUACGGAUCGGAGGUGACGACUCCAGAGAACAGUUCCUCUCCGGGAAUGAUGGACAUGCACGAUGAGAACAGUAAUCAGAGCUCAAUAGCCGAUUCCUCUCCGGUGAAGAUGGAGAACAGCUGUAGCACGAGCCCGACACCAGAGGCCACUGCUGCUGCUCACGCUGAUGGAAACAAGUGCAAGGCAGAACAUACGCCAUCCCCUGACAAAGGGAAUUGUAACUCCACCACUUCAGAGACCUCAACAAGCAAAAAAGAUACUCAGUUAUUAGAGGAGAAGGAGUCGCCAUCAGACACCUCGACAAACACUCAGGAAAGUGAAGAUGGUUCUCCACCCACAAAGAAAAGCAAAGUAGAAUCAUCUUCUCAGGACUUGGAUGACUAAAGCUGACUAGUUUGCCUCCACGUAUUUUAAACACGUCACUGUCACAAACCAAUGAGGAAAAGCGUCCCACUCAACAAACUAUUCCUGAUCUUCAAGUAGAGCUUCACCCUGUUCUUCAUCUUCUCACAUGGAGUGGACGUUUGCAGACGUCACUGUGCUGGUGAACUGAGGCCGAAAGACUGACCUGAUCCUGUGAGACACCUCCAGCCUCGCUCCAUCAAACUCAUGCACGACAUACAGCGUUAGUUUAACAGUGACGAGAGUGAAUGCGCUGCAUAGAUUUGUCAAGAUGAAAGAUGGAUUUGCUGCUGUGAUCAUCUUCGUUUUAAGUCAUUUAUUAUUUAAUUCAAUGAGUCUACUAGUUGUUUUUCUAACUACUUCGCAAAGGUUGUUGUAUGGUUAUAGUGCAGGUGCUUAGUUUGUUUCUCUACUGGUUUGUGUGCCUUCUGGCUCCAUGAUGCGUGGUUUUUUACUUUUUUAAAUUUUAGGACUAUGUUGUUGUUUUUUUUUGUUGUUGUUGUUUUUUUUAAGCUUUUGAAAGCAUCACUGCUUUUUACCAUCGGGGGAGGAAGAAUAUUUUGUUACAUGUCAAAAUGACUCGAUAUAUACCUCAUUUCCAAACCAGCUGAGCUGGAACGUAAUUCUUGAUCGAUGGAUGAUAAAUCAACUUCACUGAACACAAUCUGGCAGUAUUUAAAUAUCAUUUUUCAACAAAUCCACACUGAUUUCAAUCUGAUGUAACGUACAAAGAACUCAUGAUGAUGAAAAACUCUAGAUACAUUGGGACCAUGUUUUCUUGAAAUGAUUUUGUCUUGUACAGUUGAUUAAUUUUGCUUUUAUUUAUUCCAUCAUUAGUGCUUGUUUUUAGCAUAUUCAAUUUGUUUUAAUAAAAAAACUUUAACACA